UUGCUCGUGGCCUCAAUUGUUCGUGGGGGCGGGAAACUGGUUCUUCUCAGGGAAAUUGAGCUCUCUCCUCCUUUCAAAAACCCCACUGCUACUCAAAAUUUGAAACCCUAGUUACAAUGCCUUACUAACCUCUGAAAAUCCCCAAUUUUCCCCAAAUCGAAUGGCAUUUUCUUCUCAAUUGUUAACCCCUAACGCUAAUAACAAGCAGAGAGAAGACGACGAAGAAGAAGCACCGCCGGAGGAGCAGAAAGUACUAAUCCAAUCGGAAGAAGAUCAUCGCCAUCAUCAUCAGGCGAGGUACGUGCCCCUCGAUCUCGUGUACUCAGCUACCUCUCCCUGUAGUGGUUACUCGAAUGUCAUGUCUAAGAAGGUGAAAGCUAGGAAAUAUCCCGUGCUGGAGGACCACAAUGAUGCCGUUUCGGUGGAUCCAAAGCCACCGCCAUCGAAACCGCCUGUCAUUCAUGUCUACUCUCGUUGUCGCCGUCGCAAGAGGAGUGGUAGUUUCCAUGGCCCUUCAGGUUAUGAUAUUUUUCUUUCGAAUUUGAAGACGGCCUCUGUUGUUGAAUUGAAAGAAGAGGAUAUUGAAUUUGAAGGCGAAGAUGGGAUGAUGGGGUCCAUUGGGGUUUUGGGUAGUAACAAGAAGAGGAAGACGAGUCAGGAGCUUAUUAAUUUAGGGCUCGAUUCAGUUCAUCUUGAUGCUCCAAGAUUAAGAGGAUCAUCUCGAAAACCUAAUAGAGCUAAUGAUACCAGCGUUGGCAGUAGGCAAAGAAGAAGCAAAAACGAUAACGGCGAAAACAAUUGGCAGAAAAACGGUCAUGAGAACGAAGUAACUGAGAUUGACAAUACAAAUAAAUCCACCACCGCUGCAAGUCGCACUAAGAGAUGGGUGCGGUUGAAAUUUGAUGGUGUAGAUCCCGAGAAAUUUGUUGGGUUACAAUGCAAGGUUUACUGGCCGUUGGAUGCUGAUUGGUAUUGUGGCUGUGUUGCAAAAUAUGACUUAGAGAGCCACCGUCAUCAUGUUGAAUAUGAAGAUGGUGAUGAAGAGCGGGUGAUAUUAUCAAAAGAAAGAAUUAAAUUCCAUGUGUCUCCAGAGGAGAUCAAAUGUCUACGGUUGACUUGUGAUCUUCAUUGUUCAGAUACAGAUGAUCUUGAUGUCAACGAGAUGAUUGUACUGGCUGCUAAUCUGGAUGACUGCCAUGAUAUCGAGCCUGGGGACAUCAUAUGGGCCAAACUUACUGGUCAUGCUGUGUGGCCAGCAAUUGUGUUGGAUGAGUCAUUUGUCAGCAUUCGUCGAGGUCUAAGCAAGGUUUCUGGAGAAAAAUCAGUGCUUGUCCAGUUUUUUGGCACCCAUGAUUUUGCUAGGGUUAAGACGAAGCAAGUGAUCUCAUUUCUUAAAGGGCUUCUAUCUUCCUACCACCUGAAAUGCAAGAAACUUGAUUUCAUUCGAAGCUUGGAAGAAGCAAAAAUGUAUCUUAGCAGACAAAAACUUCCGAAGAGUAUGUUACAGCUGCGGAAUGGUGUUGGCACUGAUUCCGGAGGUGAUAACGAUGAAGAUGAAUGUAGCGCUGGCUCAAAGAAGAGGUGUUUGAGCACUGAAAUAGUACAUAGAAAACUCAAGGGCCCUAAAAAUUGCCCUUUUGUAGUAGGGGAUCUGGAAGUAUUAAAGCUUGGUAAGGUGGUUAAGAAUCUGGAUUGUUUUGAUGUUGAGAAAUCUAUCUGGCCUUUAGGUUAUACUGCUACAAGGAAGUUUCCUUCACUAGCAGAUCCAAGUGUAUGUUCUGUAUAUAAGAUGGAAGUGCUGCGAGAUGCUGGCACGAAAACACGACCCGUGUUUAGAGUUACAACGGAUGAUGGAGAUCAGUUUGAUGGGUCAGAUCCUGCGGCAUGCUGGAAUAAAGUUUACGAUAGGAUAAGAAAGAUGCAUUCAAGCAGUUCUGAUAAUUCACAGGCUGAAGGUGCAUCUGUGAACUUCUUCAAAUCAGGUGCUGAUAUGUUUGGUUUUUCUGAUCCUCAUGUCCUAAAACUUAUACAGGGGACAUCAGAUUCGAAGCUGAAAUCAGGACAUGACAUGCCAAUUGGUUACAGACCUGUCCAUGUUAAAUGGAAGGACCUGGAUAAAUGCAAUGUUUGUCACAUGGACGAGGAAUAUGCCAACAAUUUGUUCUUGCAGUGUGAUAAGUGCAGAAUGAUGGUUCAUGCAAGAUGUUAUGGGGAGCUGGAACCUGUUGAUGGAGUCCUUUGGUUAUGCAAUUUAUGUCGUACAGGGGCACCUGAAUUUUCCCCACCCUGCUGUCUUUGUCCAGUUACAGGGGGUGCUAUGAAGCCUACGACCGAUGGACGCUGGGCUCAUUUGGCAUGUGCUAUGUGGAUACCAGAAACUUGCUUAUCUGAUAUAAAAAAAAUGGAGCCAAUUGAUGGGCUGAAUAGAAUUAGUAAGGACCGUUGGAAGCUUUUAUGUAGCAUCUGUGGUGUUCCAUAUGGAGCGUGUAUCCAGUGUUCAAACAACGCAUGUUAUGUUGCAUAUCAUCCUCUUUGUGCUCGUGCUGCUGGAUUUUGUGCCGAGCUUGCAGAUGUGGACAGGCUUCAGCUGGUUCCUAUAGAUGAGGAUGAGGAGAACCAGUGCAUUCGUCUAUUGUCCUUUUGUAAAAAGCAUAGCCCUAAUCCUUUGAUUGAACGUAUUGUUCCUGAUGAACGGAUGGGGAGAAUACCAAGUCCGUCAGAUUAUACACGCCCGGUGAAUCCUUCUGGCUGUGCUCGCUGUGAGCCUUAUGAUUAUUUUGGGAGAAGAGGAAGAAAAGAACCUGAAGCCCUUGCUGCUGCAUCUUUGAAGCGAGCAUAUGUAGAGAACAGACCAUAUUUGGUGGGCGGUUUCUGCCAGCACGAGUCCUUAAGCAAAAUGCCAUCAUUUGAUAAUGUUGGUGAUUCCAAGCUCUCCUUUGGCUUUGGAAAACUUAAAAACUUGCCUCUUAAUGGUCAUACAAGCAUAUUUUCUAUGUCUGAGAAGUAUAUUUACAUGAGGAGAACAUUCAGAAAGAGAUUAGCAUUUGGGAAAUCUGGAAUACAUGGAUUUGGCAUCUUUGCCAAACAACCACAUAAAGCUGGAGAUAUGGUAAUUGAAUAUACUGGUGAAAUUGUUAGGCCUCCUAUAGCUGACAGAAGAGAACACUUGAUAUACAACUCAUUGGUGGGGGCAGGGACGUACAUGUUUCGGAUUGACGAUGAGCGUGUAAUUGAUGCCACAAGAGCAGGAAGCAUUGCACAUUUAAUUAAUCACUCUUGCGAACCAAACUGUUACUCAAGAGUUAUAAGUGUCAAUGGUGAUGAACACAUAAUCAUUUUUGCUAAAAGGGAUAUUGCACAGUGGGAAGAACUGACAUAUGAUUACAGAUUCUUUUCGAUUGAUGAACAACUUGCUUGUUAUUGUGGUUUUCCAAGUUGCCGGGGUGUAGUUAAUGACAUUGAUGCUGAGGUACAAAUGGCCAAGCUAUAUGCACCCCGCAGUGAAUUAAAAGACUGGGAAGGAGAAUGAAUUGAGGACUUUUUGUUUUAUGUCGUCUUCAUUUUAUGGCCUUAGAUACAGUCAUGGGGUAGUGAUACAUUCUGAGAUCCAGUCUGCCUCAUGCUUCUUCUCCUGUUGUAUUAUUUGAUCGGCCAUCUCCUCCAGCCAAGCCAGCCAAACAAAACGUGGUUCGGCUUUUCUUUUUCUUCUUGCUGGAAAUAUUGUCCAUGCAGGUCCUGUAUGAUUUAUAAUUUAAUUGUUUUUAUAUUAUAUGGUCAUUGUGAAUCUGAUCAAACAUGCUUAUAUCGCCUGAGAAUACUAGAAAUGGAGGGAUGUACAUAAGAUUUUCGACUUGCAGAGUUGGGUUAUUUCUUUUUUGUAGGAUGAAUCAUUAUUUUUCAAUGGCUAGUAAAGAAACAUUGGUAGCUUAAAUGUAGUUGUUGUUUGGUUUAUUC